AUGAUGAAUAAUACAAAUACAUGUACAGUUGGACAUGCCGUUUGUGUAGAUGAGGUCGAAAUUGGACCCGUGAUUGGUUUUAAAAACCCAUGUAAAAUUUCAAAAAAAUCAAACGCAGUAAAUUCAGUAGGAAUUUUAAAACUUUUUAAGUAUUUAUCGCUACUUUCGUUGUUAAUUUUAAGUAAAUCGCAUUGCUUAACCUUAUCUUACACCACUGAAAGUGUUAAGAAAAACUCAACAAACUUUGGUAAUCUUGAUUCGAGAUAUGGGCAUGGAGUUCCUACAGAUAACAGUGGUCUAGACAAUGGAACUCUAAACAAUAAUAACUUUGAAGCUAGGCAUAAGUUAUCAAUACAAGUGUUAACUACAAAGUACUCUGGAAUUUUAAAUCAUGCAGAAACUAACCCGUCAUUAAACUUGCUUAGUGGUGUAAAUGAAGAUCCAGAUUAUUCAGAUGGGAACGUAAAAUCAAAAGUUGAAAACAAUAAUUCUCUCAACCUUGUCUCUGGAGGAAUUAAACUUAGGCACUGGAGCAAGGUUGUUGCCGGUGUUGUAAUCCUGACUUCGACAUUUGCAUUACUCAUGAUGACCAUAAUUAGAAUAAUAGAGUCAAAGAUAGAGGACACCCAGGACUCAUUUCUCAAAAACGCAUACAACAUGUGUUACAAGCAGAUCGCAUUAAUAGGUGUAAUUAACCUUGUUCUAUGGUUAAUUCUACAAACAAAGCUUGCUAAAAAGCUUGAUAGAAUGAUUUUCUACAGGGAUGCAAAUUUAUCACCCUUGAAUGGUGAUGUUAACCCUAUAGUUGAACCCGUUUUCGAGUGCCUCUUGUCUGUUUGUGUGAUUUUACUAGCUUGGUACAUCGUCUAUGUAAUUUACUUUCAGUUUAUCGUAAGGAGAAUAACAACUUGGAUGCGGAAAACCGAUAACUGUGAUGUUCUUACAGUCGCCUCCGAUCUUCAGGUAUUAGAAGGCAACUGGUGUUACUUCUUAUGGAGCAGGAACACUUUUAACAGAGGGAAUUUCCUCGCCAACAGGUUUGAGUUCAUAGAUAAUAUUAACAACGCGAGUUUACCGAAAAUUGAUCCCGGAGGUUACUACUUCAUGGAAUAUCUGAGAGCAAACAUACUAGAUUAUUCUGUGCAAAUGCUCAAAGUUCCAAGAGAAGUUUUAGUAUUUGUAAUCGCACUUUCACUCAUUUUGAGGAAAACGUUUGAUUUUGAGGGCAAAAAUGAGGUUAUGUUGAUUUCAAUAUUUAGCUUGUUCUGUGUCGUAUCUUUGGUUAUACUGGCUUACUAUGUGAGUUUUUUCCCAGUAUUUUUAAUUGAGACAAAGUUAUACCCAUCAAAUUUAACUACCUACUUGAUGUUAAAACACAACACUGAUGACUUGGAAAUUUCAAAGUACUCCCUAAAGUCUCUCCUACCUCCAUACAAACUGGACAAUUCUGAGUGCGAGGUUACCAAUUGUCUGGUUAGAUUUGUUCACGGUGACGGUCCUGUAAACAAGCAUGAGAACUUGUUUAUUUUCAAAUCAAAGGGUCCUAAAAUUCUUGCCAAGUUAUUUGAGAAUCUUUGUUUUGGUUUCCUUCUCGUUCUUUCCAUUUGUGUUUACUUAAUUAAGCAGCAUGCUGAUACUUGGCUUAAGCACUAUAGGUUCGGAAUAUGCGUUAUUCUUUUGAGUAUCAUUAUUGUGGGAUUUCUUACUCCCAAAAUCCUAUAUUCAUUAAUUAUUGUAAGCAAGACUGGACUACUUAUUGACUUUGAUACUGUUGAGAAGGUCUGGGAGUCUAAUCGUUCCAACAACACCAGGCACGCAAUGGAGAUAAUUGACGCCUUAAACCUCGACUAUGUUAUGAAUUCUCUCAAUACAAAGGGUGAAACAUACUGGCGGCACUUGGUUGGUAAACUUAAAACUUCUCCUCUUGCUGUUCAAGAGCAAAUGAGUGAGGUUUGGCGUAGCCUUGAUGGGAAGAAAAAGGGCUAUAUUGGUAUGGAAAAGAUCCUCAGGUAUAUAUCAUCACAAGGCCUCCAAUUCUCCAACAACAAAAAAAUCAAGGAGUUCAUAAAGGCGUUUACAAGAACCGAACCACACAGGUUAAACGAGGACGAGUUUUCAGUACUUGGUUUGGUGGUUAAGCAAAUCAUUGUGGUACCACUUGACAUUUCACAGAUGAAGGCUCUGUUUGAAGAUGCUUACAAAAUCCCAUGGAGCUCGCCAGGAGCAAUAGAUUCCAGCACACUUCAAACCAUCAUUAAACGACUUGGGUUAAAAUGGAACGAGGGGGAUAGGAGGCACUUGCUUGACUUUUUGAGCGGUGGACGAUGCGAUGGAAUGUCGGCAGAAAAAUUCAUAAACCAACUAUCGACAGUAGAACAACUAAUAAAAGCAAACAACUAUAAUGGUCUAUAUAUAGAAAUUUAA